AUUAUAUGUAAUAAUGUGUUAUCUUUGGAUAAAGGCCGGUUUGGCGGAGAUAAGAGCGAUAUUGGCCGUCAAAACGAGUGUUUGAAACGUCGAUGGGCCUCUUUUAGCGUCGAGCGUUCAGAGCGGGCGUCCGUAUUUGGCGUCAGAUCUGACUGAGCGGAGCUGCGAGCAGCGUCGAGCGCGCGGCGAUGGCUUCCUUGGGAAGUACAAGCCCAGUUGGCUCUUUGUCAUCGGAAGAUCACGAUUUUGACCCGACGGCAGACAUGCUUGUGCACGAUUACGAUGAUGAGCGUACGUUAGAGGAAGAGGAGAUGAGGGAGAGCGAUUCAAACGGGAGUUCGGAAAUCGCAGAUCUGGAGAAGGAGGGGAACAUGCCCUUGGAAGAGCUGCUAGCGUUGUACAGAUAUGAAGCCGCAGACAGCGCUGUCGGAGGGUCGAGUGCGGACAGCUCAUCUGUAGAGCUGACCGAUGAGCUGCCUGACAUGACAUUAGAUAAAGAGGAAAUCGCUAAAGAUUUGCUCUCUGGAGAUGAUGAAGAAACACAAUCUUCUGCCGAUGACCUCACACCAUCUGUGACGUCACACGAAACCAAUGAUUUCUUCCCCAGAACUCUUCGCUCUAAUGCAGUUUAUGAUGGAGACAAAGAAUCUGAGGGUGAGGAUGAUGGUUUGAACCCUGAAGACUCUCGCAAGGAGAUCAUGGUGGGAUCUGAAUAUCAGGCAGAAAUUCCUCCUCUUACCUGUUAUAAUGACCAGGAAAAAGUGUACGCAGAGGAAGAUCAGCUGCUGUGGCAACCGGACAUGUUGCCCGAGUCUAAAGUCAAAAGCUUCCUGCAGGACGCUCUGAGAGCGGAUGGAAAGAUGGACGGAGAUGGCAAAUGUUCUCUAGUCAGAGACAAUGAGCAGGCCUUAUAUGAGCUUUUGAAGUGUAACUACAACGUCCAGGAAGCUCUUGAACGGUAUCGCAGCAAUGACAAAUCCUCAAAGGAUGAGAUGCUCCCGUGGUCUGAAGAAGAAUGCCGGAAUUUUGAACACGCUCUUCUGUUGUACGAGAAGAACUUCCAUCUCAUUCAGAAACACAAAGUCAACACACGAACAGUGGCAGAAUGUGUUGCCUUUUACUAUAUGUGGAAGAAGUCAGAGCGGUUUGACUUUUUCGUCCAACAAAACCGAUUUGGGAAGAAGAAGUUCAGCAGUUAUCCUGGUGUUACGGAUCUGAUGGACCGGUUGGUGGAUGAGGCCGAGGGUCUGGUGGACGGAUCUGCUUCUGUGUGUUCCAGCAGCAGCGGCCGGAUAGAACCUCCAACCGAACAACAGCUCAACCUUCUCAACUCCAUCACAGCCAGUGACCUCUCUGCGCUGACGAGCACGGUGGCAUCGGUGUGUAACCCCGCAGACGUGAGCUGUCUGGACUCCUACAACUUCUCUCCACUGGACGGGCUUCACCGCGGGCCCCUGAGUCACGAAGAGCCGCUCAACUAUUCCAGCAACGGAGACGGCGACUGCCUCAAUUUACUCGAAACCGGCUUCUACCACUCGGACCUCGGCCAGAUCAACGUGUGCAGCGACGACUGCGAUCGGCCCCCGGCCAAGCGGCUGAAGAUGGGUCUGUCGGAACCGUUCAUAAACGACGUGUCGGUCGGAAACAGGAGCAUGGGCGUAGACUUCGAGGGCCGCACGCACCAUAUCACAAGUGCCAAAAUGGCGGUUUCGGUCACUGACUUCGGCGAGGCGGGCAGCUACAUGGCCGCGCACACACUACAUCAGCACACGGCGCUGCAGUCGGAGUGAAGGCUCGCAAAACCUCACGGGACUUCCUGCAAUCAAACGUGUACAUAGCCGCUUCCUGGGAUAUUCCUCCUUUUGUUUUCCGAUUAUAUACGUGUGUGUAUAUAUAUGUACAGAUUUUUUUUUUUUUUACUAUGACAUCAGUGAUGUCUAAUUGUACAGACCUGAAUCUUGAUUUCUCAAGAGUUAAUACAGCCAUUUAUUUUCCAGUCUUGAAUUUUUUGGAAGUGUCAUAAACGUGUCUACGUCCGAAUACUGUGGAAAACUGAACUUGUGACAGGAGUCGUCGCAUCAAAAAACUGAUCGAUCACAGUUUUUCCGGUCAGGUCAGCCUUUCCUCUGUGGUUCCCAUCAGUGUUUACAGGUGCCUCGGCUCACGAAUCCAGCCGUCUGAACGGCAUUGACUCUACGACCACUUGUUUUUUGUUUCGUUUUGCACCGUGAAGAAGCAGCUCUGUUUUUUGGUGUCCUUUUCACUCAGCACAAAAACCCGGAAAAGUUCGUCCGAAUGUGUUCCGGUCGGCCCUGGGAGAUUUUCUGCUAUUUUGAACAAACCAACAAACAAUUUAAAGUGGUUUUAGUGAAUAUAUAGGCCCUAAAUACAGUCCUAAAUGAUUAUAGAGGUGUUAUAAAACACUGCUACGACGCGUGUCAUUUUUCUUCUUUGCAUAUAUUUAUUAGUGUUCCUUUUGUAAUCUUGCUUUAUCAGGCGGCGUUUGAUCAGCUGGGUGUAUUUAUUGCAAUGAAGACCACUGGACUGCAUUAUGGUCACGAUUGAGCGUUUUUGUUUCCCGAAAUGGUUGUGAAAUUACUGGCACAUGUCGUUUUGUUUCCUUUUUUGUUCUCGAAUGUGUACAAGAGCAUUUGUUUGAUAUUUCAAGAGCGCUAUUUAUUGAAAAAAAAAAAAACAUUUGCAGGGAUACUCUCGAACUUCUCAGCGCGGGGGACCAAAUCGACCCGCGGUUUUACGUCUUUUCCCUUCAGUAACCAAUUAUGCAAAGCUGUACAUGAUUUCUGUUCAUCAUCAUCAUCAUCAUCAUCAUCAUCAUCAUCAUCAUCAUCAUCCCUGCUUUCACUGCCUGGUGCGGCGUUCGUUUCUUCAGAACAACCUGAUCUUCGCAAAGGCCUGCAAGCGCUGACCCGACGUUAUCUAUGCAUCAAGAAUUGCUUGCAGAUUAAAACGGAUAAUUUCGCACUUGGUUUGUUCGUUUUUGUCCCCCACCCCCAGUUUUUCUUCCCCCCACCCCCAGUUUCCAGACUCUCGUAUGGCAAUAAUUUGUAAAUAUAUGUACAGAAAACCAUUUUUUUUCUUCCUUGGCAAACAGAUUUGAACUUGAAGACUUAAAUUCUGUGCUUUUGAGUCUGCGUAUGCCACAAGAAUGCCUUCUCGACUUCCUUUACCGUUUGUUUGACUGACAUUUUUUCCUCAUCAGAGAUUUUGCUUAAGAAGAGAGUUAUUUAUUUAUUUAUUCACUCAACUGCAAGUGGGUGUAGUGCGUUAGCGUUCUGUACACGAGUGAAGUAAAGCGCGCUCCUCACCAGACGCCGCCGUCUUCACGGGAAGUAGCGGAGCUAGCUGAAUGUACAGUAUUAUCGCAUCUUAGGGAUUUACUGAACUCGUACGAUGACAAGAAUGUCUCGCGGUUAAGGCAGAAGCCCGGUUUGCAGUGUUGCCUUAACCCUCAUUCAAAACUUGCAUGUUGAAUCGACCUGGAAAACGCUUCUGAAUGACGUACGGAGGAUUUCGGGAUGGUCGAUGUGACGUUUUCCAGGACAGUGUUCUUUUGGACGGCUUGUGCUGUGUCUGUAAAAUUGUGUUUCCUUGUAUCUGCGGCCAGAAUUCUCCAUAUUUUUUUUGUCUUGACAUACUUGAAGGAUGUGUAUUGAUCAAUUUAAAUACAAUAUUCUCCAAUUCAGUCCUGUAGGUUGUGCAAUUCAUUUCUCCUGUCCCUCCAAGAAAUGAAAAGAGCUUUAGGAAAUUGUGUUGGUGCAGUAAUUUAUGUCCAAAGUUUGUAUAAAAAAAAAAAAGAAAAAAGUAAUAGCAUAAAAUUGAAAUUGUAAUGUAGUAAUGGUUGUCUGCUUCCAGGGGGAAAAAAAUGUACAUUUAAAAUCCUUCCCUUUUAUCUUUGGAAUGUUUUGCGCUUUAUUUUGUUUAAUAUAAAAUUUGGUUUUCGUUCACUUUUAUGCUUUUGAAGGGGGGAGAGCUUAUUAGUUCAAGUUCGGUUUUUCAACACUUCAAUGUAAUAAAGUUAUAGUGUUAAAUAGACAAUCAAAUGGCAAUUAAUAUUGGAAAAGGAAAUUUUAUCAUUCUUAAUGUUUGUACAUAGACACUGUUCUUGUUCUGUUGGUUUUUAUUUUGUAUUUUAUGUUGUACUUAACUGGCAAACCGUUCCAGAAAUAAAGUUCUGGAGAUAUUA